AUGAAUUCAAGCCACAAGCUCUUGAAUCAGUUGACUGUGGGAUUUGAUUCCAAGAAAAUCAAGGUUAGAGUGACACGCAUGUGGGAUGCCAUUAACACAAAUACUGGUGAUGUGUUUGCUCUUGAAAUGGUACUGCUCGAUGAAAAUGAUAAUCAUAUGGUAGCUAUUGUACCAAAAAAUUUGGUACAAAGGUUUCGACCACAACUACUUGAGGGAGAUGUCUAUAUUUUGGAGAAAUUUAGAGUGACGCCAAGAAAACAAUCUUGGAAUGUUGUGCACAAUGAGCAUAAUAUUUAUUUCACUUAUACAACUCUGGUGAAAAAGCUUGAUGGUCGAAUGAGUUCAAUAAAAUUUCACAAAUUUGAAUUCAUCGAUUUCAAUGACCUCUCUUCACGAUGUCAAGCUUUUAUAUUCUUAUCAGGUAUGAUUGGUGAAAGCAUUAAUGUCACAUUAUGGGGAACAACAUCGAAUCAGUUCAAUGAUGAGACUAUUUUGGUGUCUGAUCAGCCAUUAGUGUUGGUGAUCUCUUCAGUGACAGUUAAACAAUUCAGAGGUAAUGACAUAAACAUCAGUGAAACUCUCAUAGUAAACAUAUUGUUAUUUCUUUUCAUUAGCAUUCUUAAUGGACCUCACGAUAAAUUGUUACUCAGCAUUGAUAGCACUGCUCCUCAAACUAUUGAGGUUUUACAUCCUCCAAAAAUGCGAGAAGCUAUACAGCAACUAAUGUUCAAGAAUCGAAAAUUUUUAUCAGAGAUAUAUCAGAUAAUGGCCGGUGUUCAAACAGAGGAAUUGGUUUACACUUCCAAAGUGACAAUUCUGAAAGUUGAUUUCAAUAGUCAACUGCACUACAAAGCAUGUCCAAAAUGUCAGAAAAAAGUGACAUUAGAAGGAUCUAAUUUUGUGUGCAAUGCUUGCAAUCAAAAUGUGGAGUAUCCUAAAUUGAGGUAUAUGUUAAAAGUCUUGGCAAGUGAUGCAACCGGUAGUGCUUGGUUUGUUAUAUUUGAUCAAGAGGCUGAAAGAAUAAUAGAACACAAACUUUCUUUUGUUCUUGAAGAAUUUAACAAGAUUGGUGGAACCGAUAACCAAUACCAACCUGAAGUAUCUUCUUCCCAGAUCCCAAUUAGUACACCAGAUGAUUUUAAUCAACAGCAUUUCAAUACACUUCAUAUGAAUCAUUCGUCAGAGGGUUCAACAAAAAUCACAAAAGAAGGGAAUCCUCAUAAAAAGAUUUGCAUGAGAAGUGAUAAUGAAAAAUCAAUAAAUGCUGAUUUGCACGGACAAAUCGAGGAGAAUGUUCAAACAGAAGAAAAAUCAAAACAAGUUCCUGAAGAAUAG